AUGAUAAUGACCAACAAGCUAGACCCGUUACUAAUUCACGCAGCUCCCAAUAGCGUGUCAUAUAGCAACGAAGCCGACCCCUAUAUAGAAAAUUGGCAUAAAGAGAUCUACGAGACGCACUGGAACCGCCUAGUUAACAUCAGGGAGAAGUAUGAACCGGAUGGCGUAUUUGACUCGGCCUAUACAUCGUGCGCUGGUAAAUGGAUCAUGGAUGAAAACUGGCGCAUGCGCAAGGCUUAA